AUGGUGGAGGCCGGGACGCCAAUAGACAAGAAGGAUGUCAUGGGCUACACACCAUUUCUGGAGGCAUUCUGCAACCGCUAUUCUCCCAGGUACCGCGAAGAACUGCACGACAUCUAUUCAUUCUGGCGCUGGGGCAUUGAGCACGGGAUCGACAUUGUUCGCGCCCACAAGGUCUACCAUUUUGGUAGAAUUUCCCAAAGCCCUGCGACUGAGUUGUUGCACCUGCUAUGGUAUGAGAAGCUAGAUCUCGGACUUCCCCAGGAAAGCCAGGAGUUCUUGACUUUCUUGGUGAACCAUCUUCACGGGAAGGAGUACGACAAAGCAACGGCACGGUACCUGAAAUACUUUGCUGAACCUUUCAGUAAGAGGAAGGCGAAGUGGUAA